ACUGCGUACAGGAUAGGCAUGCGCGGGCUGCAAGGGCAGGAAAAAAGUCUGAAACCCAUCGCAUUUAUGGGGCUGUAGUUGGGCCAUUUCGGGCUCAGGAGCCUCGGUUGCUUUCCCCGAACUGAGAGCAUUCUUCUUCUUUCUGCGAAGAUGGAGGGAGUCGCUACAGCUGGGAGGAGAACAAGAUGCGCAUGAAGUAGCUCGUCGCCACCUGGAGCAAGCCGAAGAAAAGUUUACAAAAACUGUUCAAGUCAGGGAUCAGCUAUCAGAAACAGAGCUUCAAUAGCAGGAAUGGCACCUGAAGACCAAAACCAGCUUUAGGAUGACUGUUGCUCUAUCAAGGCUCAAGCUGGGGUCCUGAUUGCUCAGCUGAGACAUGAACGGAGCUCUCAUUGAUCCAGUAUGUACACCAUAGAGCAGCAGAGGCACUGAGGUGUGCAGCAAGAGCACCAGAAUAUGGUAUCUCAAUCUUCACGCUAUAUUUAUAGCCUCGGAAAUAGCAAAAACAAAGGUGAGAAGAAUUUUGAAACCUCUGCUAUGGACAGCGCAGGCCUGCAGCAGUCCAGGCACUGUUGACGCGCUGUAUUAGUAUCAGAUGUCCACAUAAAACACCUGCUGACUCAGAAGCUCAGUGGUAUUGAGCCACAGAUUUCAAGCUUGUCACCUCUAGUUUUACACAGCAGUCAUCUCAGCCGCAGGAGGAAAGCCAAUGUCUGCCUGCAGCAGCACAACUCCUCUGACGCCCUUACCAAAAGCCUACCUCCACUCUCAGCACCCACCGACGCCCCCCACGCCGUCUCCGUCCCCUAGCCCCCCGGUGGCCCUCUACCACCGCCUGUCCAAUGGCAGCCACAGUGCACCCAGCCCCACACUCUCCAGAGGAUCUCUCCAUGGAGUGUCCUUCCUCUUGCAGAUCGGACUCACCAGAGAGACGGUCAACCUGGAGGCGCCUGACCUGUCACUCAACGCUGUCAAAGACCUGGUCUGCUCCAUCAUCGACCAAAAGUUCCCAGAAUGUGGAUUUUUUGGCAUGUACGACAAGAUCCUGCUCUUCCGCCAUGAUCUUAACUCUGACAACAUUCUACAGCGACUCACAUCAGCUGAAGACAUCCAUGAGGGGGAUCUGAUUGAGGUGGUCCUCUCAGUUCCAUCUGGGUUUUUAGUCUGUUCUUUUUUUUUGACUUCUGUUUUAAGUUGCAUUUUAAUUGCAGCUCAGGCUACAGUGGAAGACUUCCAGAUCCGGCCUCAUGCUCUCUAUGUGCACUCAUACAAGGCCCCCACCUUCUGUGACUACUGUGGGGAGAUGCUGUGGGGCCUCGUCCGUCAGGGCCUCAAAUGUGAAGGUUGUGGGUUGAACUAUCACAAGCGAUGUGCCUUUAAGAUCCCUAACAACUGUAGCGGAGUGAGAAAGAGGCGGCUGUCCAAUGUGUCUCUACCGGGCCCCUCGCUGUCUGUACCUCGACCCCUGCCAGCAGAGCACUCUGUGGUAAACCUAGAUGAGCAGCAGCGCUCUCAUCAGGAAGCGGGGAAACGGAUCCCGUCCUGGAGUGGCCGGCCCAUCUGGAUGGAGAAGAUGGUGCUGGGGAGGGUCAAAGUGCCCCACACCUUUGUCAUCCACACCUACACACGGCCCACCAUCUGCCAGUACUGCAAACGACUGCUUAAAGGCUUGUUCCGCCAAGGCAUGCAGUGCAAGGACUGUAAAUUCAACUGCCACAAGCGAUGUGCAUCUAAGGUACCGAAAGACUGUCUUGGGGAGGUUCUCUUCAAUGGAGAGCCGGCUAGUCCAGGCCCAGAUUCAGAUACCACUAUGGAGGUGGACAGCAGUGAUGUAAACAGUGACAGCAGUAGAGUCCUGGAUGACUCUGAGGAGCCCACUACUCCUGAUGACAAGAUCUUCCAGGGCUACCCCUUCACAGACCAGGAGAGUAAUGAAGAAGCUGUGAAGACUCCUCAGAUCAGUCCGUCCACUAGCACUAAUAUUCCACUGAUGCGUGUGGUCCAGUCCAUCAAACAUACCAAGAGAAGAAGCUCCACUGUGGUUAAAGAGGGCUGGAUGGUGCACUACACCAGUCGAGACAACCUGAGAAAGAGACACUACUGGAGACUGGACAGUAAAAGCCUGACUCUGUUUCAGAAUGACUCAGGAGCUAAGUUCUACAAGGAGAUUCCUUUGUCAGAGAUCUUGCAGGUGGAGGCAGCGCAGGACUUUGGCAGCCUAGCGCUAGGGAGCAAUCCACACUGCUUUGAGAUCAUCACUGCUACUAUGGUUUACUAUGUGGGGGAGAACAUGGGUGGGCCCCACCUUCACAUCCAUAACCCCAUGCUGGCGGCAUCUGGGGUGGGCCUGGAGGUGGCCCAGAGCUGGGAGAAGGCCAUCCGCCAAGCCCUCAUGCCUGUUCCAGUCACACCUCAACCCAGUGUGGGCUCUGCUGCUGGUCAGGGCAAGGACCACAAGGAUCUGUCCAUCAGCAUUUCUGUAUCCAACAGUCAAAUCCAGGAGAAUGUGGAUAUCAGCUCUGUUUACCAGAUCUUUGCUGAUGAGGUGUUGGGAUCGGGCCAGUUUGGCAUCGUAUAUGGAGGGAAGCACAGAAAGACAGGCAGAGAUGUGGCGAUAAAGGUGAUUGACAAAAUGAGAUUCCCCACCAAGCAGGAGAGCCAGCUGAGGAAUGAAGUAGCUAUAUUACAGAACUUGCAUCAUCCUGGCAUUGUCAACCUGGAGUGCAUGUUCGAGACUCCGGAGCGAGUGUUUGUUGUCAUGGAGAAGCUCCACGGAGAUAUGCUGGAGAUGAUUCUGUCCAGCGAGAAGAGCCGGCUCCCUGAGCGCAUCACCAAGUUCCUGGUCACACAGAUACUGGUGGCUUUGAGACAUCUCCAUUUCAAGAAUAUUGUUCACUGUGAUCUAAAGCCAGAGAAUGUGCUCCUGGCCUCUGCAGAACCCUUUCCUCAGGUGAAAUUGUGUGACUUUGGUUUUGCUCGCAUCAUUGGGGAGAAGUCCUUCCGGCGCUCUGUGGUGGGAACCCCAGCGUACCUGGCCCCAGAGGUCCUGCGCAGUAAAGGCUACAACCGUUCCCUGGACAUGUGGUCAGUAGGGGUCAUCAUCUAUGUCAGCCUGAGCGGCACCUUCCCCUUUAAUGAGGACGAGGAUAUUAAUGACCAGAUCCAGAACGCUGCCUUUAUGUAUCCACCAAUGCCUUGGAAGGAAAUAUCCACAGAAGCAACAGAUCUUAUCAACAAUCUUCUUCAAGUGAAGAUGAGGAAGCGGUACAGUGUGGACAAGUCCCUCAGUCAUCCAUGGUUACAGGACUACCAGACGUGGCUGGACCUUCGUGAGUUUGAGACACGGCGAGGGGAGCGCUAUAUCACCCACGAGAGCGAUGAUGCGCGCUGGGAGGAAUAUGCUGAUGAGCACAGUCUUAUCUAUCCGAAACACUUCAUCAUGGCUCCAAACUUGGACGACAUGGAUGAAGACCCCUAG